AUGAUGGAAAAUUCUAAACAGUCAGAACCCAAUGAAGCCAAUCUACUAUAUGAAAAAAUAUUCAACACAGAGAAUCAAGAAAUUGAUCCUAACGAAAUCCUUAAACAUUUAGAUAUAAAUAUAAACGAUUUAGAAGAAAAACCUUUAAGUUAUUUUCAAAACGAUCAGAAGAUAAAAGAACUCGCUGAAUUAAGGCUUGAACAUUACAAUAGAAAACGUCUUGCUAAACUAAAAAAAAUAUACGAAUUUCUACAUAGAAAAAAAUCAAGAAGUUCCAGUUUUAUUUCCCAUACAGUCAAUAUUAGCACUUUUAGCUUAUCUGAAAUCGAGCAUUCUAAUGAUUUUUCAUUUAUAACAGAAAAAAAUCCCACUCAACGAUCUUAUCUAGGGGAAACUAAUGAACAAAAAUUAGAAUGAAUUAACCAAAAUAAUAAAAGAAGAAAAGAUGCUGCAAAUAAAGCGAUUAAGCUUAUUUUACACAAUCAAAUUGAUAUAUUAGAAAAAUUAAAAAGGAAAGAUAAAAGAUCAAAAGAUCAUAUACUUACACAGAUCGAAGAGGCUAAAAAGAAGAAGAAAAAACACAAAAGACUUGAAAAUUCAAAUAAAAGAGAUCGAUCUGCGGAUGCUAUAAUAGACAAUUUUUCAUUUGAAAGCAAAACACCAACACCAAUAGCUGAUAGAAGCUUAAAACGAACACCGAAAACAAAUUUGAUAUCUUAUUCCCCCACUUAUUAUCGAACAAAAUCAUCAGAAAUCAUUAUUGGAAAUAUUAGCAGGCAAAAUAUUUUUGCAUAAAAUUUAUACAAUAAUAAAUUGAUAGAUAAUUUAUAAUGAGAUUUCCAUUGAUUUAUUAAAAUUUUUAAGCAUCUUACGACUUAAAACAUUUCAUUUAUAAAUUAGAUUAUUUUUCAUUUAAAAGCUACAAAUCUCGAUUUUUUAAAAAAAUAGCCAACCCUUUUGCUAGCUUUUGAACGCUAAACAAGGAGGGAUUUACAGAGAAGAUUUAAUUGAAAAAGAAAUCGAAGAAAAAUUGAGAGCCUUCGAAGCAAAAAUGAUAAAAGCAAGAGAACGAUGCCAAUCUUACUAUAAAGAAAAAAUCCAAAGCAAGCCUAAAAGGAGCAUUUCAGAGCUGAGAAAUCGAAAUGAUGCAGAGAAUCAAAAGAAAAUCAUCUAUGAGUUUCAAAAACCAAGAAUUAAAUCUACAAGAGAUGAGCACUAUUUUGAAAAAAUAAAAGAAUAUCGAUCUUCAAAAAACGACGAAAAAAAAGUAAAAAGCCUUCACCAUAUAGAAAAACUGAAAGAAGAGCAAAUCCUUAUUGAAAAAGCAGCUAUAGAAAAAGAGAAAAAAAUUAAAGAGAAGAUUGAGAAAAGAAAUGAAAAACAAGCAAUCCAUAAUGAGAUUUAUAAAGAAAAGAAUCGGCUUUUAAUGGAAGAUGCUGCAGAAAAUAGAAAAAAGCAGGAAAAGAUUGAAGAAAUGAGAAGCAAAAAAAUUAUCGAAAACCAUAUCAAAGGGCUUGAGAAAAUAAAUGCUAGGAAGAGAAUAAAUGACUUAAUGGAGGUGGAGGCAAGAGAGAGGGAUUUUAGUUUGAUUGAAGAGCAUAUUAAAAACAAAUAUGAAGCUUUUCAACAUAUUUCGAAAGUGUAUUCUAAUUCCCUCACUAAAAUAUUUUUUUUAAAACUUUUAUAUAACUCUCCUUCUGUAAGUGAACAAAAAAAUUUUUAUUGUUUAUGAAUGUGGUUAUUUUUAUUUUAAAAAAUUUAUAUAUAAAUUUUAUAGUAAAAAUUGUUUUCCAAAAAAUAAAUAAUCCCAAUUGGAAAGCCAAAAUCAAUUUAAAAUGUGAUUUCAUGCUUUGUUUAAAAUUCAGCAGAAUUAGCUAGAUAUUUCAUUAAACUAAUUAUCACUUAUAUAUCAAGUAUUUUCAAUAUUUUUUUUAUUUGCUUAAGGGAAGUGCUUUUUACCAAAAAAUACACUCAAAGAGGGGGAGUAAGAAUUAUAUAAAUUACUUUACAAAAAAUCAAUUGGCAAAUAUUUGAAAGGCAAGUUUGCUUCAGUAUUUAAAAUUUAUGUUGUGGCAGAUUUCAUUAUAUAAAGCAUUAAUUAUAUAUAUGAAAAAAUGUUAUACAAAGGCGUCUUUAUAUUGUUUUUAUCCUUAUUCUUCAAGGAUUGAUUUCCAAAAUAGGAUUUGCCAAUGAUUUUGUUUGUCUUGAAGGCAGUAAGAAUCUUAAAAUAUUGGCGUAA